AGACUGUUGCGAUGGCGGUGUCAGCGGCCUCGUGAUAUUCCACACCGGUGGAAACAGUUGGACUUUCAGAUUAGUUAAAAUAUUAACUCUCUCACGAGUUCAUUAAUUCAUGAAAUUAAUUUAUUAUGUUUGGAAAGAUUAAAAAUAUCUACGUGGAAAAAUGUCGUUAUUCUUACGUGCUAUUCUAGCUCUAAUACAUUUCUUGUAUAGUGCUUAUAUCUUUAUCAACACUCAAUGGACUUAUUUGCAACGUGAAUUAGCUAAUUUUAUACAUCCUAGAACUUUGAAUUGUUUAGAAAAUAUUCUUGAUGAGUGUGAUAUCAAUAAAAUUAAAAAAUUACCUAGACAUUUAGUAAUUGUUGUGGGGAUUGAGGAUGUUUCUUUCAGUGACCUCGCCAGAAUCAUUGUUUGGAGCAUCGCACUUGGCAUUCCAUGUAUUAGCUUUUAUGAUAAAAAUGGUAUCAUUAAGCAGAACUCCAGCAUUUUGAAGAAAGAAUUUGAGAAACUGAAAUUAAAUUUUCCAUCACGGAUUAUUUGGAUGACGAAAUCUGACCAAAAAAUUACUAAUGAUACUAACGGUUUUAAGUGUACAAGGGUUAACUUUUUAUCUUAUGAAGAUGGAAAGCCACAGAUAAUCAAUUUAACGAAAGAAAUUUGUCAACAAGUUAAGUCAGGAUUACUUAAGACUGAUGACAUUAAUCAAGACUUUAUAGAUGAAAAAUUAAAAAUCGAUCAUUUUCCUGAUCCUGAUAUUGCUAUUGUAACUGGCAGCAAGUUCUCUACCUUUGGUUUACUUCCUUGGCAUAUUAGAUUAACUGAAUUUUUUCACAUACCAACACAUCACAAUGUAUUACCUAAGGAUUUCCUUAAUGUCUUACAAUUGUUUUCACGGUGUCAACAACGAUUUGGCAGAUAAACUCAUUCAAAAUUUCCUUUCUUCAUUUAGUUUAGAAUAUGCAUGAAGUUUCUAAUCAAUGAGAAAUGGAUUGAAUUAUUUUUCAGCUAAGGUGCAUAUGUGAAUUUUUGUAAAUAAUAAAUCUAUUAAAUAACUGCUAAUUUAUAAUACCAAAAAUAACAAACAGAACAAAUAAUCCAAGAUUUUUCUUCCAUGAAAUAUAUAUCAAAGGAAAUAUAUUUUUGACUCUACAAAGAUUUCUCAGAAUAUCUUUAAGUUUAUCGCGAAAGAAAAUGAAUGAAACUUAAAACUUAAACGUUAUGUCAAUACUCCUGGAAAUCCUUCUAAAACCUGACCUAAAAUAUUUGUACAGUGGAACAUUGAUUUUUCAUUUAUAGUGCAUAAUUAUAAUUACAUCUCGCGAAGAGUAAAUGACAUUUUCAUAAAA